CGCCCCGGGCUGAAAACCAGCCCAGGUUUGUGCCCACUGGAUUUGGGUCAUGUUUUCAGUGUAGAGCAGAGUGGAAUUCUUAAGACUGAGUUUGGGGCAGUACAAGAUGAGAAAAGACCUAGAAAAAGGAGGUGUUGACGACUAGAGCAAUGUUCUCUUUGGGUACUGUGGUUGCCCUGUGGUGUAAAGGGGCUCAAUCAGUAAUAGUUCAGUUUUUAUUUUAAAGUUCUGUAAUAAACAACUUCACAUGGUAGGGAGGUGUAGAGAAUUGUUGCUUGUGGUGUCGGUGCGCCCUCUGCUGGCAAGCUGAGACAUGCUCAUCUGAGAAGGAUGGGACCUUCAUUCCCCAGCCAGUUUAUCUUGUGGAGGGGGGACCGGCCUUAUUGUGUGGAGAGGACAGCAGAUGGCGCCAGAGAAACGCUAAUCUGUGGACCCUAGAGGAGAUGGGGAGUAGCUCUUUAAGGACAAAGUAGACAAGUGGGUAAAGACACAGGUGGUGCCCAGAUUUUUCCCCUGUGUAGGCCGCUGUUCCCACAAACAGGCCUUGUGGGCAGGACAUUCUGUCUUCACUGCCAAGUCAGUCACUUCCUGUUCCUGCCUCAGGACUAUAACUGCAGCUGCCGCUCAGACGGCUUGGCAAAACCACCUGCAGCUCAGGGUCCAGGAGCAUGGUCGCAGGAAACUGGGCUUUCGGGGCAUUCCUCAGGAGCUGCUCCUGUCCCCAGAAUUCCAAGAUGAGGGUCCAUGCCCUUGUAGGUGUGCUGAUCAUGGUGGGCUUCGCGGUGGGAAAGCCUCCUGUUCCUGAAGUGCGGACCUGCCACUUGUGCCUCGUAGAAGAUCCCACUGUAGGAUGCAUUUCAGGCUCAGGGAAGUGCACCAUAAGCACCUCAUCCCUGUGCAUGGUGAUCACCAUCCAUAGUUAUGGCAAGACUCGCUUCAACAUCCGUGGCUGUGGACAGCACAAUUCCUACCGCUGCAAGGAACUCCGCAGCACCUAUAUAACAGAUUACUGGUACCAGGUCCAGUGCUGUCAGUAUGAUUACUGCAAUUCCUGGUCCAGCCCCCAGCUCCAGAGCUCCCUGGCCAAGCCCCACAGCAGGCUCAUGCCCCUGUCUGACUUGCAGAUCCAGCAGUUCUACCAGGCCUUGAACCUUUCACUGCCUCAAUCUCGCUUUCAUGCUGUGAAGGAGCCUGAAGGCCUGGACCCCCUGGCCACCCUGCGCCAGCACCUGGGCCUGUCCACUGCUGAACUGCGCCACAUCUACUUGUUCUUAAACAGUUCGGGACUUCUGGUUCUUCCCGGUGCUGGACCCUGAUAGCCCCUCUCAGAUCCUGUUGUGGUCCAGCAUGUCUCCCUCACACCCCCAGCUCACUGCACUGCUCUCUCUGGGGACACUCGUGUUCUCUGGUCACUAUGAUCCCUUAGGCUUCCCUCCUUCAGAUUUCCAGUGUCUGUAGCUUUGAUUUCUUUUCCUCUCCUGAGCCCUAGUGGUGUUCUUUUUUCCAGACAAGAAUCUCAAGGAUGGGGUCUUCCCAGGCUGGCCAGAGAAAGGCACAGUCUUUUCUUUCAUCCCUUUGUCAUCAUCUGAAUGUCCAUCAUCUGCCCCUCCUCUCUCAAUCUUAUUACCUGCCAUUUCAACUGAGAUCUAGCUCUGUCUCUAAGACCCAAGUGCCAGACUGAACUUGAAGCAAGAAGGAUGAGGGGUGGAUGCCUGUAGAUUCCUUGACUCUGCGGUCUGGUGUCCCUGCCUCACUGUCUCCACCUCCUGGUCUCCUUUUGCCUUCUGUCUUUUAUCACAGUCUCUGGCUGCCUCAGCCCCAUCUUACCUCAGCAAGCUCAUCACCCACACCCACGGGCACCUCAUAAGAGGAGACAGGGUGCUCUUCUGUGCCCCAUAUCACUUGUUCCUCCACAAUAAACUGGG